CCACGCAUAUUUUGGCAAGGCGAAUAAGAAGCGCCUGUAGAUAUUAUACCACGAAGGGACGAGGGUGGCGCACAACUGAAAAUGUUCGACCCAAAAAAUCCCUAGCAACUCAACCAUCCAUCUCUCUAACCCUUUCUCACUCAAAACCUGCAACUCGACCAUCAAUUGCCAAUCGCCCAAACGAAGCUCAACCCUCCAGCAACUCCUGUCCUCCUCAGCUCAGGUCUAUUCCCCUCAUCGCCCCCAUUGCUGCAAGCUAAGAGCUCAGCGAAGGCUACGCAUCAACAUUACCAAACAGGCAAAAAUAGCAGCACCACAGGUUCCCAACAUACAGGCUGCCAAUUUUCACUUUCUUCCAUAUUCCAGAAAGUCAGCAGCAGGGAGAAUCCCUGGGAAAUUGCAGAGAAAGUUAUCAAAUGCACCCUUAGGGACUCAGCUGAAUGAGUGUAUUGGAUAAGAGACUUGAAUAAACCUAGAAAUAUUUUUGCCUCCAUGGAUUCAUCAUCUACGGAGAAGCGCCAACGCCUCUCUUGCACCAAGUAUUUUGACGCUCUCUGGUUCUGUUACUCUCCGGUUCACCAAAUGCAGCAGUAUUAUAGGCUUGGAGUUCUGGAUAAUUGCUCUGAAAAGUGGAAUGCACUAGUUGAUUGUCUUAAUCUAAAAACAAAACGGACAUCUGAAGUCGAGUACUUUCCUGACAAUUCACCUCAGCAUGAUGCAAGUGCAGCACCUAAAGAAGAGAUUCUUGAGGCUCGUGAGAAGAGCAGGACCCAUAUUUGGUCAUUCCGAAAUGUGGAGGAAGCUUCGACGCAUUGGCAAGAACUGUUUGGUCACAUAAAUGAGGGUGAAUGACAAAAACAUGUUGCUGGCUUUUGGGUAUAUUCAUGCUUACCCUUGGAAUUAAAUUGUAAAAAUUCGAGUCUCAAGUAAUAAAAUUUCUGCUUAAAGGUGUGUCUGGAUGCUUCCCAAAAUGCAUGCUACAUGUUUUCAGUGGCUUUUUCACUGAGGACUGGAAUAUGUGCCAGUGGCUUCUUUGGAUGCUACUUUUUACUUGUUUUUUAUGUGUGCAUCGGUACAAGAAACACCACCACUUUGUUUAAAGAAUUGACACAUAAAU